UUCCCGACCACGAUGAGCGAGACGACGACGCACGCCGCGGAGAUGCAGGCCCUGUGGCAGUGGACGCUCACGCCCGAGGCGACCGCGGCGUGCCUCGUGCAGGAUGUGUUCCGUGCGCGGGAGCAGCGGGGCGACGAGAACAAGGAGAAAGCGGGCGAGGCGGAGUUCUAUUGGGUGGGCCGCGUACCGGUGCGGACGGUGCGGCUGGUCGGGAUGGUGGUCGGGGUGCAGGCGUAUGAGAGCAGGGUGGUGUAUUCGCUGGACGACGGAUCGGGGGUGAUGGAGUGCCAGCAUCGUCCGCCCCCGGAGAAGGGAGCGGGGGCAGCCGCAGACGGGCCGAAGCCGGUGGCGCGUCUGGGCGAGCAGGCGGUGGUCGUGGGCCGGAUCGCAAGGCACAGGGAUGGGAAGAGGGUGGUGGUGGACAGCAUUGAGAAGUGUCAAGACCCAAACGACGAGCCGCGACACUGGCUCGCGGUGCGUGACUUGCACGCGACACACUACGACAUCGACGAGCCUUUCGUCGUCCCCGCCCGCCCGCUUCAACCUACACCUGCCCCGUCAACACCGCGUCGCACGUCGGCGACAGUGUCCCCUCGGACGCCAUCGACUGCGGCAAGCAGCCCGGCCCGGGCCUCCAGCGUCGUCCCAAUGUCCCCGCACAAGCUGCGCCACCCGUCUCGCCUCCGAUCGCGUGAUCUCACCCAGAACGCGUUCAGAAUAUACGUGAAGCACUACAUGGCGAACGUGCCUCCGUGGUCGGAUCCCGGGCCGGGCACGCCGAAGACGCCGACCCAGGCACUGAGGGCGCUGGGGGUGGACGACACGCCGCGGCCUGCCCGACACACAAUGCCCUCCUCUUCUUCCUCAUUCCCUCAUACGCCUGCGACUUCAGCUGAAACACACGGCUUCACCGUCUCCUAUCUCCGGCGCGUGCCGGCCCUCGCACUGAUGGCGCAGAAGGUCGCGCACGCGGAAUGGAAGCGGCGCGCGUUGGAGGCGUACAACGCUGCCAAGGCGCGGGGCGAGCGGCCCGCGAAACCCGUACCGGAGAAGGACCCAGCGCGAAGAAGAGCGAGGACGAAGCGGCUGUUCGUGUGGGCCGUGCAGCAGCUCGUGAAGGACGGCGAGGUCGUGUCGUGGGAGGGCCCGGUCCGGCCGGCGCUCGGUCCGGGACUGGUUAGCACUCAGGACGGUGAUGUGAGUUUGUGGCGGAUGGACUCUUCAGCGUCGACUGCAGGCGGGGAUAGCACGCUGUUCUCCAACGCGAGCAGCAUGGCAGAUGGGGAGCAGGACGACGGCGAGUUGAGCGCGCCGGAGGACGGCGAGGAGGCGUUCGUCCCACUCACGCCCGCGUUCGUUGCCGCGGCCGUCGGGGGCGCCGUCCGUGUGCUCGCGGCCCGGGGCAAGCCGGCGGACGCGCAGGCGGUGCUAAGGUAUCUGCGGAGGAGCGACGACAUGUGGCGCAACCUGAACGAGGUGGUGGUGCAGGAUGCGCUGCGGCUGCUCGGGCUGGCGGAGUGA